UGCUAUUGGUUGCCGUUCGUCACGUGAUUAUUUCUGAAGAUGGCGUCUCCAAAUGGAGGUGAUGAUUUUGAGACUUCCUUGCUAAGUUUUGAGAAGCUGGACAGAGCAUCACCAGACUUAUGGCCAGAGCAGUUGCCUGGAGUUGCAGAAUUUGCAGCAUCUUGUAAAAAUCCUAUCACUAACUCUCCCCCCAAGUGGAUGGCUGAGCUAGAGAGCGAGGACAUUGAAAUGUUGAAAGAGUUGGGAAGUCUGACCACAGCCAACCUGAUGGAGAAGGUCAAAGGACUUCAGAAUCUUGCUUACCAGCUGGGUUUAGAGGAGUCCAGAGAAAUGACCAGGGGGAAGUUCCUGAACAUCUUGGAAAGGCCCAAGAAGUGAUUAAAUCGUCAUUUUCAGGCAUCAGGAUUUUGGGGAUUUUCAAGGCGAUUCUGUUCUGUGUUCAUUAACAUGUUCAGAACUUCACUGCAAAGUUCAAAGACUCUUAAGAGCAAAAAUGCUCUCACCCACUGAGGUCCUCAUAACACUCCUCAGUGCACCUGAUGUCCUCCAGAUGUGUUUGCUGUCAUGUGUAGUACUUUCAGCCUAAUCUCUCUGAGGCUUGGAUUAUCUUGAUUAAAUGCUUCCUAUUUAUUAUUCACUCUAUUUUAAACGUGAUUUGUUUCAGUUCUUGAAAUUGUAAUAAAUUUUUAAAACUAAAAA